GGGAGCGCGGUGAUUGUUUCGACGAUACUUCAAGCGAUGCUUAUGAUAUAGCAUAUGCCCUUGAAUGGUUUAAACAACGACAACGACAACCACACCCACACCCACCAAAGAUGCUCCCGCCGACCCCAUCACCAUCGCCUCCACCGGCGGCAACAACCAUGUCCGGCGCGACGGCUAUUCCCACAACCUCAGCAACAAACCCCACAUCAACACCAUCACCAACAAUAGACGAAGAACUGACCACCGCGCUCCACGAAGCCCUAACCUGCACCGGCUGCAUCACCAUCCUCCGCAUCCCCAAAUCCACCUUCCGCGCUGACACAGCCUCCGGCCGGUACGACCCCGCCCGCACCGUGCCGUUCGAGCCAUCGCAAGCGGAUCCCGAUCUUGCGCCGCACGAGAUGCCGCCCGCCAUUGCUUCCGAGGACGACGAGGAGAUGGAUCUGGAAGCCGAGGAGGCCGGGCAUCCGGGUCGGCAUGCCCGCUGCCUGACCCCGGAAAUUCGGGCGGAGCAGCAGCAUCGGUACAUCAGCUACGCGGAGCUCACCCCGCCGUCCACCCCCCCCGCCUCGAGUUCCGCACAGGGGCAUCGGUACGACGCGCUGGUGGCACGGUAUCUCCUCGAGGGGGAGGAUACCGCCUCCGACGACGGAAGCGACAACGAGGAUGUCGCGUUCGCGAAGUACCGCGCGGACUACCAUAUCCAUGUGCACUACAUGCUGCGGCGGGGGAUACUGGGUAUCUGUCGGGAUGGGAAGGAUGUCUAUGAGUUGAAGGGGUGGAAGGGGCGGUUGCAUGCGGUGGAUUCGGGUCUGGUAGACUUGGAGGAGCUCGAGUCUGGCAUGAUGGACUGGCGCUAUGGGAUCAUCAGGGAAAAGGGCGGCGGGGGGACGGCGGGGGGAGGAUAUUAUUCCUCCAACCCCUACCAGUCUUACUACCCAGCUCCGAGCCCGAUGGCGGCCUUGCCUCGGACCCAGAAACUGGGCGGCUGGCCCGACGAUGCAAACCAGCUCAUGGCGUCGCAGGUGGCGCUAUGGAGAAGACGGGGGCUGAGUCGGCAGAGACGUGUCGAGGACGUCCGCAUCAGGUGGGCUUUCAUCAUGGAGGAACGGAGAAGGCAGCGACUGGCCGCUCUGGCGCAGGCACAUCAACACAAAGCAACGAGCAGUGUAAAGGUGAGGCUGUACUGUUCGCAGGCCGGCGGGGAUCGGAACCUCAUACGGGAGAUCGAGAUGGACGGGAGGUCGUUUGGAGAGCUCAUCACAUGAUCUCGAUGGGUG